AUGAUUGUCGCUUGGUUGGACCCUCCGAUGUGUGCAAGAUCGAAACAAAUAAUCCCCGGUUUGUUGCGUAGAAUAAACCGGUUAGAAGCUGAAACAAAUCGCCAAAAUGUUGGAUCUGCAGCUGAACUUGAAGAGAAGGAGAAGAACCUGAAAAAGAUGAAGAAACUGGAAAAAAAAAAUGCACAACUGAAGAAGAAGAAGAAUAGGAUUUUGCUGCUUUUACUUGUAAUCUAUAUGGUGACCUUAACAUCAUCAUCAUCAGAGCCAUUAUCAACAUCCAUUGUGGAAAAAUCAUCAUCCUCAGAUGAGGCUUCAUAA